AUGCGCGGCCUCGUCUCCUUCAUCGCCGAUCUGCGCAACGCCCGCGCCCGAGACCUCGAAGAGAAACGAAUCAACAAGGAACUGGCCAACAUACGGAACAAAUUCAAAGGCGGCUCACUCUCCGGAUACGACAAGAAAAAGUACGUCUGCAAACUACUGUACAUAUACAUCCUGGGGUGGAACGUGGACUUUGGACACUUGGAAGCGGUGGGCUUGAUCAGCGAGAGGAAGUACAGCGAGAAGCAGAUUGGAUAUCUCGCGGUCACGCUGUUCUUGUACGAAGGACAUGAGUUAUUACACCUGGUCGUCAACAGCAUACGGAAAGAUCUGGCGGAUCCGAAUGAGUUGAAUAAUUGUCUGGCGCUGCAUGCGAUUGCGAAUGUGGGAGGGAAGGAGAUGGGCGAGGCGUUGUGUGCAGAUGUACAUCGACUGUUGAUAUCGCCCACCAGCAAGCCAUUUGUCAAGAAGAAGGCGGCACUCACGUUGUUGCGGUUAUAUCGCAAAGUACCGACGAUCGUGCAGCCGGAGUGGGCGGAGCGGAUUAUUGCUAUCAUGGACGAUCCGGACAUGGGCGUUGCGUUGUCGGUUACGAGUCUGGUUAUGGCGCUGGCGCAGGACGAUCCGGACAGUUAUCGGGGAAGUCUGGUCAAAGCCGCGCAGAGGCUGAAGUCGAUUAUUGUCGAUCAGGAUUACAUGGGGGACUAUGUGUACUACAAAGUGCCGUGUCCGUGGUUGCAGGUGAAACUGCUACGAUUGAUGCAGUACUUCCCGCCGUCGGAGGAUUCACAUGUCAGGGAUCUGAUGAGGGGGAGUUUGCAGGCGAUUUUGGACAAUGCGUUGGAGGCGCCGAAGAAUGUGCAGCAGAACAACGCGCAGAAUGCGGUGUUGUUUGAGGCGAUUAAUUUGAUUAUACACCUGGAUACCGAGCGGGAUUUGAUGGUGCAGAUCUCGACGAGGCUGGGGAAGUUCAUUGGGUCGAGGGAGACGAAUGUGAGGUAUUUGGGACUUGAAGCCAUGACGCAUUUGGCGGUGAGCGCGGAGACACUGGAUCCGAUCAAGAAGCAUCAGGAUAUCAUCAUUGGGUCAUUGCGGGAUCGGGAUAUCACGGUUAGACGGCAAGGGUUGGAUUUGCUGUACAGCAUGUGCGACCAGACGAACUCGCAGAAGAUUGUACAUGAGCUGUUGAAGUUCUUGCAGUCGGCGGACUAUGCGAUUCGGGAGGAGAUGGUGUUGAAAAUUGCGAUUUUGACGGAGAAGUACGCCACGGACGUCAAGUGGUAUGUCGACAUUUCCAUGCGGCUGAUCGCUAUGGCGGGCGACCAUGUCAGCGACGAGGUGUGGCAGCGCAUCAUCCAGAUUGUGACGAACAACGACGAGCUGCAGGUGUACGCGGCGCAGAAUAUCUUGCAGUACUGUAAGGCGGAGCAGUGUCAUGAGACGUUGAUCAAGAUUGGGAGUUAUAUUCUGGGCGAGUUUGGACAUCUCAUCGCGGACACGAAGGGGUGCAGUCCGAUCGAGCAGUUCAUUGCGCUGCAGGCGAAGUUUGGUUCCAGUCCGCCGAAUACGAGGGCGAUGAUUCUUUCGGCGUUUGUGAAGUUUGUGAAUCUGUUUCCGGAGAUUCGACCGCAGUUGCUGGAGACUUUUGAGAUGUACACGCAUUCGCUGGACUCGGAGUUACAGCAACGGGCGUGCGAGUACCUUGCAAUUGCGAGUAUGCCGAAUGACGACCUUUUACGGACAAUAUGCGAUGAGAUGCCGGCAUUCCCGGAACGGACGUCAGCACUGCUGUCAAGAUUAGACAAGAAGCAGGGUGCACAUGGCGACAAGCGGACAUGGGCGAUCACAGGCAAAGACUCCAUGCCUGGCGGCAGCCGAGACGCAACUCUCAAACGCAACUUCUCCGGCGGCGCCACUACAAUGCUCGACGCGAAUGGCUUCGCAAACGGCACAAACGGCAAUAACGGCGUCAAGACACCCAUCGACGAACUCGCCGGCCUCGACCUCUCCACUCCCUCUAACGUCAACCUCGCCUCCGCCACCCACCUCAGUCCCGACUGGGAGCCGGGCUACAACCGUCUCCUCCUCAAACCCGAAGGCAUCCUCUACGAAGACGCUCAACUCCAACUCGGCCUGCGAUCCGAAUACCGCUCCGAAGUCGGCUGCAUGAUCCUCUACAUCCACAACAAAUCUUCCAACCCCAUCCACUCCGUCACCACGACACUCGAUAACAACCGCUCCGCCGCGAACCUGAAAUCCGACCUGAAAACUCUCCCCGACACGACCAUCCGCCCCGGCGACCAAACGAGCCAAACCAUCAUCUUCGAAGCCCUGAAACCCUUCGACCACCCUCCCACUUUACGAGUAAGCUACAUGGCCGGCUCCCUCCAAGCCUUGACUCUUCAACUCCCCGUCUUACUACACAAGUACAUGGAAACCGCCACCCUCGCAUCGGAAGACUUUUUCAAGCGAUGGAAGCAAAUCGGCGGCGCACCUCGGGAAGCGCAGAAGAUUUUCCGCGGCCAUGGGGACUUGAGUCGGGAGAAUACGGGACGGGUAUUGGAGGGGUUGCGGUGGAGGGUGUUGGAGCGCGUGGAUCCGAAUGGGAAGAAUUUUGUGGCGGCUAGUGUGCUGAAGACGAGGGAGGGGAGGUGUGGGUGUUUGUUGCGGUUGGAGCCGAAUGGGGAGACGAGGAUGUAUCGGCUUACGAUUCGGGCUACGGAUGAGGCUGUUCCGCCGAUUCUGAUGAAAGUGCUGGAGGAGAGGUUGGGGCAGCCGAUUCCGGUUUGA